AUGGAAGACUUUUCGAAAUACUUUUUUAAUAAAACGAAGAUUCCUGAGAGGUUCGGUUACUUCAAAACCGCCUUCGUUUUCGGCCAUGAGUCCUGGUUUGAUAUAUUUUUAACAUUGGCCGAUAGCCAUGUCGAGUUUGGUACCUACAAGACCAUGAAAUCUGUUGAAAUAAAUUACAAGGGCCACAACAUCCUUCUGUGUAAUUUUUGCUACGGGUUCGUUAACUUAAACAGGGUGGUUGCCGAGGCCGCCGUUUUGGGAGUCAAAAACAUCAUGUAUUUAAACUUUUCUCUUCCCCUGAAGCCGAAUUCCACCAUUAAGGACAAGGACGUGUACGUUAUUUACGCCUCUUGCAGGAACGAGGAGGCCACCGUCAUAGAGGUCGACGACAGCUACCCUGCCGCCGCGCACCCCUGCGUUGUUAGGUCCCUGAGGGAGGCCGCCAGUGCGCUUGGGACCACUCUCAAGCCUCUCAAGUCGAUCGUCAUUGACAGUUUCUAUGAGAAGAAGAUUAAGAGGUUCACUCUCAUCGACGAGGCUAUUCAGGCCGACGUCGAAUUGAAGGACUGGGACUCCGCUCCCAUGUUGGUUUUCGCCUCUGCGCGUGACGUCAGAAGUGCCAUUUUGACCUGCGUUGGUUUAAAACCAAACUUGACUGACAUGAACGGCGAGCUUUCAGACUUUUCUCACUACAAUGAGCAGAUGACGCUCAUGGCCAAAACUGCCCUCGACGCCUGCGUACUGGUAGAGGAAAAAUAUAUCUGA